AUGAUUGAUUAAAAUAUAGUUUUGAAUAGUCAUGAUAGGGAUGUUUUUCUUACUGUAUUCAGCAAGAAAAUUAAUUGGAUUGUAUUAGGUGUUAAAAUAAUUAAAUAAUAGUUGGAUUCAAAAAUAGAUUUUCAGGUACAUCUAAUUGGGAAGGCUCUUAAAAAUUAAUAUAGAAUUAAACAUUCAUUUUAUGUUUGCAUUUUAAUUAAAACAAAGAUGAAUUAAUGCCUGGAGGUGACUUAAUCAUAAAGGUAGGUAGAGAGCUAAUUGAAUAAAAUUGAAAUUUAUUAUUUCCUUUAGAUGCUUUAAGACUAUGCUGGUUAAAUCAAGUUUAAAUUCCAAAGAAAUUUAAAAAAAGUCUUUUGA